AUGAUUCUCCAAUCUAUCAAUAUCCUGGAGAAGAUGCCUGUUAAUGAGAAUGGCAAAGUCGACCGCCGAGCUCUUGUAACAAUGAUGCAAAGGCCAAAGGUCUCAUGUGGCUUGAUUCGACAGCCAGAGACUGCUGCGGAGCGACAUAUGCAAAUGAUUUGGUCCAAGGUACUGAAAAUUGAACGAGAAUCAAUCGGAUUAGACGAAAGCUUCUUCCAUCUUGGUGGGAACUCGAUCACGGCGAUGAAGCUUGUGGCUGAGGCUCGCAAGGUCGGUAUAGAGCUUACCGUAACUAGUAUCUUUCACCAUGACAAGCUCGUCGAACUCGCCUGUAAGGGUCUCAAGUCGAAGCAAAACAGCGAAGAAGUUGACGAUGUGAUCCAUGUCGACUCCGACAUCAGAGCUUCGCUUAUGAAAGAGAUGGACUUGCUGAACAUGGGGGUCCGUUCCGAUGAUGUCACGGACAUUCUGCCACUCACAAGCUUCCAAGAAAAGGCAGUGCUCGAUGGUAUCACGGUUGGACAGCAUGCCAAUUAUUUCUACCAUAAUCUUGGGGAAAGCUUGGACGUGGCCCGCUUCGAGACAAGCUGUGCUACCAUUAUGCAAUUGCUCCCAAUCCUGAGGGCACUCUUCUUGCGCCUCCAGGGUGAGUUCUGGCAAGUCGUUCUCAAGAAACCAGACACCCCACUACAUGUCCAUGCGGUGGAAAAAGAUCUCGAUCAAGCCUCAUACAAGUUCUGCACACAGGAUCUGCAGCAGCUUGCGGCCAAUGAGCUUCCCAUCGCGUUUGUGCUUCUCAGACACGCGACCCAAGGGAUACGACUCAUCCUCCGGUUGUCCCAUGCACAGUAUGACGGGAUCUCCUUUCCCAUAAUCUUCCAGUCUCUCGUGGACAGCUACAACAGCGUGUCUAUUUCACGCGGCCCGGACUUCUCCAAGUUCCUAUCAUAUGCUGUGCACAAGCAAAAUUCGUCCGGGCAAUACUGGAAGACACUGCUACAAGGAUCCUCUCCGACCAUGUUAGAGCCAAGUAUUCGUCCACGACGUAGCAUUGAGCUCAGUCACCGAAUGCGCAUCUACGAAGAGGCAGUGGUGGAUCUUCCCCAUCUGCCAUCAAAGAUCACCUCCGCGACUCUCGUCAGCUCAGCAUGGGCUCUCCUUCUAUCGCAAAUCACCGGCAAUAAAGACGUGGUUUAUGGAAAUGUGGUCGCGGGGCGCAACUCUGCGAUGCAAGGAAUUGAAGCAGUGGUCGGCGCGUGCCUCAACAUCAUUCCUGUACGCGUGAAUCUCGACUCUCUCAGUACGACGGAGCAGCUGUUACAGUUAGUCCAAGCACAGUUCCUUGCGCUAGGAGAAUCUGACUCGCUUGGCUUCAAAGACAUCAUAAAGAACUGCACCGAGUGGCCUACCGACGCCACCUUCGGGUCGGUAAUCCAACACCAAAAUAUUGACGAGCAUCCGGAGAUUCAGUCAUCGGAGGGUCAGUCUAAGAUCCAGUUUUAUGAUAACCCACAUCUCGUCCCACCCUCUCUAUUCGUCGCAUCCUAUCCUCAGGGAGACCGCUUGCAGAUCAAACUUUUUGCCAAUACCCAUAUCGUCACGGUGGAGAGAGCCCGUACCCUACUGCAAGGGCUCUGCAAGAUCAUUGACACUCUAGGCAGUGAUGCAAAUGGGACUUUGGCAUUACGCGCGGAAUGCGCAAACUUAGGAGUCUAA